CUCUCUCUCUCUCUCUCUCUCUCUCUCUCUCUCUCUCGGAGGGUGGGUGGUGACAAGUUAGAAGCGCUUGCGGCAGGUCCCCGCCCCCUGGGUCGGCCUCCCCCUGCAAGGGGAUGAAGCAAAGGUACGCAGCAUCCUGACCUGGAGCUGGAGGGGCUGCGCCCGCGGUCGGACCCCACCAGCAUCGCAGCUUGAGGACGGCCCGCCGCUCUCCACGGUACUGCGGAGAGCUCAGCUCCGCCCUUCUCUUUCAGAAGGACAGCACUCCGCGUCACGUAACCCAGCCUUCUCGGGCUCCACCACCGCCUCCUCCUUCCCAGCUCUUUUCCUCUCCUCCUCCUCCUUCUGCUCCCCUCCGUUGCCUGUUCUUCCCUCCCGCACUCCUGGAGAUAGACGCUCAAGCCUGACGCCUCUGAAAAGGCAGCGGCAGUCGCCUUAUCCACAGACCUCAGGAAAUUCGCUUUGACCGAUGCAUGCUUCAGGCUCAGGCUCGAGCUAAGGGGAAUAACCGGGCAGAUUUCUGGGUCCUUAUUAAAAGACAAAAUAAAACCACAAUGCAUCACCAACACACAACCAAUUGAUAUGCUGGCAUCUUAGCUUGGCUUUGCAGAGGUGGAGAGAAAAGAAGAGGAGCUGUUGUGAUUCCUACAUCUAACAGCUUCCGGCUACUUCACAGCUCUAGGUUUGAACCCUACUGUGGGGAGGGGAAAGAGAAGUAUAAUCCAGCCCAUGAGGCCAUGCAUAAGGAAUUCUGCUCUGGCUCCAGUGGUGCAGGAAGUCCAUGAUAUGACAGAAGAAGCAGGCCUUUGAAACUCCUCUGGGGUUGAUGAGUGGUGCUCUCAGGAGACAAGGAACCCCUUUCUCCCUCCUGGUUUGGGACACUACGUCUGGAGAGGGCGUUCACAAACACCCAAGGAUUCUGGUUCAUUGCUGGCUCCUUGUACUUCUCUGAGAAGUGUUUACUGCUUACCUGAAUCUAACUGCUUCCCUUUUGCCUGGCACCACUGAGGGUACCUGGCAGAUGAUGAUAUCUGAGGAGUGAAGCAUCUGUUGACACCACCGAUGCCCUUGAACUAGUUCAUCUGACGCAAAUGGAUGAGUGAGUUCCCUUGACCUUCUCUUGACGCCUUUUCCAGAACGUUGCUUCCAAAGUGUCUCCUCCCUUUGGUCUGGAAGUUUUGUGGCUGCCCUGCACCACUUGGGUCUACGUUUUCCAGUUGGGAGGGGACUAUAAGGAGAGAGGGAGGGGUUGCUGGAAGAAGAAGAAGAAAAAAAGAGCUAGAUAAAGGAGGGUGUAUCCCUCCCACUCUUGCCCAUCUCCCUACCCUACUGACUCCGGGACCCUUAUUUCUGCAUCACGGUGUCCAGGACGAUUUUGACCCUGUCGGCCCCGGCACCCCCCCGCCGCCCCCCAGCCCCGAGCAUGGGGUCGGCGCUGCUCCAGCGCGGGGGCUGCUUUCUCCUGUGCCUCUCGCUGCUGCUGCUGGGCUGCUGGGCGGAGCUGGGCAGCGGGCUGGAGUUCCCGGGCGCCGAGGGCCAGUGGACGCGCUUCCCCAAGUGGAACGCCUGCUGCGAGAGCGAGAUGAGCUUCCAGCUGAAGACGCGCAGCGCGCGCGGCCUCGUGCUCUACUUCGACGACGAGGGCUUCUGCGACUUCCUGGAGCUCAUCCUGACGCGCGGCGGCCGCCUGCAGCUCAGCUUCUCCAUCUUCUGCGCCGAGCCCGCCACGCUGCUGGCCGACACGCCGGUCAACGACGGCGCCUGGCACAGCGUGCUCAUCCGCCGCCAGUUCCGCAACACCACGCUCUUCAUCGACCAGGCCGAGGCCAAGUGGGUGGAGGUCAAGUCCAAGCGGAGGGACAUGACGGUGUUCAGCGGCCUGUUCGUCGGCGGGCUGCCCCCCGAACUGCGCGCGGCGGCGCUCAAGCUCACCCUGGCCUCGGUGCGGGAGCGGGAGCCCUUCAAGGGCUGGAUUCGCGACGUGCGGGUCAACUCCACGCAGGCGCUGCCGGUGGACAGCGGCGAGGUGAAGCUGGACGACGAGCCGCCCAGCAGCGGCGGCGGGAGCCCGUGCGAGGCGGGCGAGGAGGGCGAGGGUGGCGUGUGCCUCAACGGGGGCGUGUGCUCCGUGGUGGACGACCAGGCGGUGUGCGACUGCUCGCGAACCGGCUUCCACGGCAAGGACUGCAGCCAAGAAGACAACAAUGUGGAAGGUCUGGCGCACCUGAUGAUGGGCGACCAAGGUAAAAGUAAAGGAAAAGAAGAAUAUAUUGCCACGUUCAAGGGAUCUGAAUACUUCUGCUACGACUUGUCUCAAAACCCCAUUCAAAGCAGCAGCGAUGAAAUAACUCUAUCCUUUAAAACCCUUCAAAGGAAUGGACUGAUGCUUCACACUGGGAAGUCAGCUGAUUAUGUCAAUCUUGCCCUGAAAAAUGGAGCUGUCUCUCUGGUCAUUAAUUUGGGAUCAGGGGCCUUUGAAGCACUAGUGGAGCCCGUGAAUGGGAAGUUUAAUGAUAAUGCCUGGCAUGAUGUGAAAGUCACCAGAAAUCUGCGUCAGCACUCAGGCAUUGGACACGCUAUGGUGACAAUAUCAGUGGAUGGGAUUCUUACCACAACGGGCUACACGCAAGAAGAUUAUACCAUGCUGGGGUCUGACGACUUUUUCUAUGUCGGAGGCAGUCCUAGCACAGCCGACCUCCCAGGGUCACCAGUCAGUAACAACUUUAUGGGCUGUCUCAAAGAGGUUGUAUAUAAAAAUAAUGAUGUAAGGCUGGAAUUAUCUCGACUCGCCAAGCAAGGAGACCCUAAGAUGAAGAUACAUGGAGUCGUGGCGUUCAAAUGUGAGAAUGUUGCAACUUUGGACCCAAUCACCUUUGAAACCCCGGAGUCUUUCAUCUCUUUGCCUAAAUGGAAUGCAAAGAAAACAGGCUCCAUAUCAUUUGAUUUCCGCACAACAGAGCCAAAUGGCCUCAUCUUAUUUAGCCAUGGCAAACCACGACACCAAAAAGAUGCCAAACACCCCCAGAUGAUAAAGGUUGACUUCUUUGCUAUUGAGAUGCUGGAUGGCCACCUCUACCUCCUCCUAGACAUGGGGUCAGGUACAAUAAAAAUCAGAGCCCUGCAGAAGAAGGUGAAUGAUGGAGAAUGGUAUCAUGUGGACUUCCAGAGAGAUGGACGGUCAGGUACCAUUUCUGUGAACACACUGCGCACACCCUACACUGCUCCUGGCGAGAGUGAGAUCCUGGACCUGGAUGACGAGCUGUACCUGGGGGGCUUGCCCGAAAAUAAAGCGGGCCUCGUCUUCCCCACUGAGGUGUGGACUGCUCUGCUCAACUAUGGCUACGUGGGAUGCAUCCGAGAUUUAUUCAUCGACGGCCAGAGCAAAGACAUCCGGCAAAUGGCUGAAGUUCAAAGCACCGCUGGAGUGAAGCCCUCCUGCUCCAGGGAAACAGCAAAACCGUGCCUUAGCAACCCUUGCAAAAACAAUGGCAUGUGCAGGGAUGGGUGGAACCGAUAUGUCUGCGAUUGUUCCGGAACAGGCUACCUUGGCAGGUCCUGCGAGAGAGAGGCAACGGUUUUGAGCUAUGAUGGGAGUAUGUUUAUGAAAAUCCAGCUCCCCGUGGUAAUGCACACAGAGGCCGAGGAUGUGUCCUUACGGUUUCGAUCCCAGCGUGCGUAUGGCAUUCUCAUGGCAACCACCUCUAGGGACUCAGCUGACACCCUCCGCCUGGAGCUGGACGCAGGGCGUGUGAAACUGACGGUCAAUCUAGAUUGUAUCAGGAUUAACUGUAAUUCCAGCAAAGGUCCCGAGACCCUUUUUGCCGGCUAUAACCUCAAUGAUAACGAAUGGCACACAGUGCGUGUGGUUCGUCGAGGAAAAAGUUUAAAGUUAACAGUGGAUGACCAACAGGCCAUGACAGGGCAAAUGGCAGGCGAUCAUACCCGGCUGGAGUUUCACAACAUAGAGACUGGCAUCAUCACAGAACGGCGGUAUCUGUCUUCUGUCCCCUCCAACUUCAUUGGACACCUUCAGAGUCUGACCUUCAAUGGAAUGGCAUACAUUGACUUGUGCAAAAAUGGUGACAUAGAUUACUGUGAGCUCAAUGCCAGAUUUGGCUUCCGGAACAUCAUAGCAGACCCUGUCACCUUCAAGACCAAAUCCAGCUAUGUUGCCUUAGCUACAUUGCAAGCCUACACUUCUAUGCAUCUUUUCUUCCAGUUCAAGACAACAUCCCUAGAUGGACUAAUUCUAUAUAACAGUGGGGAUGGAAAUGACUUUAUUGUGGUUGAAUUAGUUAAAGGGUACUUACAUUAUGUGUUUGAUUUGGGAAAUGGUGCUAACCUCAUCAAAGGGAGCUCAAACAAACCUCUCAAUGACAAUCAGUGGCACAAUGUGAUGAUAUCAAGGGACACCAGCAAUCUCCACACUGUAAAGAUUGACACGAAAAUCACAACGCAGAUCACCGCAGGAGCCAGGAACUUGGAUCUCAAGAGUGACUUGUAUAUAGGAGGAGUGGCGAAAGAAACAUACAAAUCCUUGCCGAAACUUGUCCAUGCCAAGGAGGGCUUUCAAGGCUGCCUGGCAUCAGUCGAUCUAAAUGGACGGCUUCCAGACCUCAUCUCAGAUGCCCUUUUCUGCAACGGACAGAUUGAGAGAGGAUGUGAAGGGCCCAGCACCACCUGCCAGGAGGACUCGUGUUCCAAUCAAGGCGUGUGCUUGCAGCAGUGGGACGGCUUCAGCUGCGACUGCAGCAUGACCUCCUUCAGCGGGCCGCUCUGCAAUGACCCGGGGACAACAUACAUCUUUAGCAAAGGUGGUGGACAGAUCACAUAUAAGUGGCCUCCGAAUGACCGGCCAAGUACACGAGCAGACAGACUGGCCAUAGGGUUCAGCACUGUUCAGAAGGAAGCCGUCCUGGUGCGAGUGGACAGUUCUUCUGGCCUGGGGGACUACCUAGAGCUGCACAUACACCAAGGAAAAAUUGGAGUUAAAUUUAAUGUUGGGACAGAUGACAUCGCCAUCGAAGAGUCCAAUGCAAUCAUUAACGAUGGGAAAUACCAUGUAGUCCGUUUCACGAGGAGUGGUGGCAAUGCCACCUUACAGGUGGACAGCUGGCCAGUGAUCGAGCGCUAUCCUGCAGGAAACAAUGAUAACGAGCGCCUGGCGAUUGCUAGACAGCGAAUUCCAUAUCGACUUGGUCGAGUAGUUGAUGAAUGGCUACUCGACAAAGGGCGUCAGCUCACAAUCUUCAAUAGCCAAGCAACCAUAAUAAUUGGCGGGAAAGAGCAGGGCCAGCCCUUCCAGGGCCAGCUCUCUGGGCUUUACUACAAUGGCUUGAAAGUUCUGAAUAUGGCAGCCGAAAACGAUGCCAACAUCGCCAUAGUGGGAAACGUGAGGCUGGUUGGUGAAGUGCCUUCCUCUAUGACAACUGAGUCGACAGCCACUGCCAUGCAGUCAGAGAUGUCCACGUCCAUUAUGGAGACCACCACCACCCUGGCCACUAGUACAGCCAGAAGAGGAAAGCCCCCUACGAAAGAACCCAUUAGCCAGACCACAGAUGACAUCCUUGUGGCCUCAGCAGAGUGUCCCAGCGAUGAUGAGGACAUUGACCCCUGUGAGCCGAGCUCAGGUGGGUUAGCCAACCCAACCCGGGCAGGGGGGAGAGAGCCGUACCCCGGCUCCGCAGAGGUGAUUCGGGAGUCCAGCAGCACCACGGGCAUGGUGGUGGGGAUAGUGGCCGCUGCCGCCCUGUGCAUCCUCAUCCUCCUCUAUGCCAUGUACAAGUACAGAAACCGGGAUGAAGGCUCCUACCAUGUGGACGAGAGUCGAAACUACAUCAGUAACUCAGCACAGUCCAAUGGGGCUGUGGUAAAGGAGAAACAACCCAGCAGUGCGAAAAGCGCCAACAAAAAUAAGAAAAACAAGGAUAAAGAGUAUUAUGUCUGAUUCCAAGAUCAUAACAGGACCCUUGUAUAGAAAUAGUCUUCAUUUUACCUGAGACAUAAUAUAAACUUAUUUACUUUCCUUUUUAUGAAGCACAUACAAAAGAAGACAGGGAAUGCAAUCAGGAAGGAAAGACUGUUUUUAAAAAAUAAAAACAAGUAUCUCAUGCUCUUGUUUCUCCAAAAAAGAAAAAAAAAAAAAAAACAGGGGCCAAUCAAUUCCCUAACAUCCACAGUGUUUUCAUUUACUCUGCCUGUCUUUAUGUUGCUGGAACAUUUCGAAAAGACAGUGAUGACCGCACGCAUUCAUAAAGCAAAGGAGUAUUACAACAUCGAGGCACAACACAACACACAACACACAAAGAAGAAGCUACCUAUGAUCCUGGAUUCAGCCAAAGUGCUAGCGCUUUCCUGCGAAGUCAGAUAGUCCUAUUGCCAGAGAAGACUAUGGCAUUUUGAGUGACUCGACCUGCAAAUCUUUAAACAUUUGCUGCCUGGUGCAACUGGAGCAGUGGUUGGAACUUGCAUUGGGAACAAAGUGCUGGCUUUUUUGAAGACUUGUGUAGGAACACAUUCAAAAAGCCCCUUUAUGAUUAUGAGGGAAAAAAGAAAAAGUAUGGAGGCCUUAUUUUCAACCAUGUGAAAUAUAAGGCACAUUUUCACACUAAAAUCUCGAAACAAAAACAAGAGGGCAUAGAUGCAAUCAUUGGGAAAUUUUCAUGCACGCUUAAUAUGUUAUUACAUAUGUUUAUAUAAAAUCCAUCUCCGUGUGCUUUCUGGACUGUGGUAAGUGACGUUUUAUAGCCUGUUGUAUAGAAAAUGCAAAAUAUAUCUCUGCUCUUCAGCCAUUUUUGGUAAAUUCAAUGUUAUAAGUGUUGCUAAGUAUAGGGAGUUUUAUGACAUCGGAGCAACGAUUAUUUCAGGGUUUUGGGUUUUUUUGUUUGUUUUUGUUUUUUGCCAUCAUCAUAAAUUGCCACAAUUACUUACUUUUUUAAAUAAAGUUACAAUGUAGUGUUUAUUCUAAGAAAGAUAUGUAUGAAUGUAUAUAAAAAGAUUCAGCUACAUUUUUUUCUUACAUGUACAGCCUUCAUUCUGUUGCAAUUAAGUUUUAGUAUUUGUACGAAAGGUGUGAAUUAGAAAGUAAAAUAUAUACAUAUGUAUCUUAUAAUCUUUUUUCUCCCCAAAAUACUCACAUUUCCCACAUACAUUCACUAUUCACAAUCAAAAGAUACACACACACACACACAUACACACACACACACAAAUCCAGAGUAAUCCAUCAAUUAUAAUGAAAGGCCCAAACAUACAUAUACUAACAAAUAUUUACUGACAAUUUGAAAAGCAGGAAGGAAAAUAGUUGUGCCAAGGUAUGGAUGACAAAUGGGGUGAUUUGCUUCACUGAGAUCAUGUUCCCAAGAAACCCCAAGAAGAUAUUUACCUAGUGAAAUGGAACCUUUUCUUAUCAAAUAGAGUAUCAAUGGUAUCUUGCUGCAUGGAUAUGAACCAUCAUGUCAGGAGGUUACAGAAGCAAAAUCGGUUGAUAUACACCUUAACCCUGGUUGCUACAAUUGAAAACUUUGUUUCCAUAAAAUUAUAUAUUUUUUCUCUGAACCUAAUGUGCAUGAUAAACAUUUUGGAAGGUAAACACUUUCUCAACUAAGAAAGUAUUUUCAGUAAUUUUUUAUUCUGUAUUACUAUUCAUUUUUUAAAACCAUUCUCUGUUGAUUAUUGACCAUAUUUUAACUUUUGGGUUUUACAUAUAUAUCAUUAUAGUUUUAGUUUAACACAUUAAAUGAUAGAAAAGUAUAGAUUAUACACUUGCUUUUGCAUAUUAUUUCAAUGAUGUUCAUAGCAAUAAACUAUCGGUAUGAGAAGGUAAUGCAAAGGCACUGCAUUAUUAGGUUGCAAGGUGAUGCCUCGGUAUAAAUUGAUCGCAUUACUUUAACAUCUCCUAAAAUGACAUUAGAUUUCAUAAAAGAGAAUAAUACCUUUACAAUUAGCUUUAAUCAGCAAAGGCAAAAAAUG